CUGCUUUUCAUGCGAGUGAGCACAGCACUGCCCCACACAAGAAGCAGAGGAGGUUUAAAACACAGGAUACGUUGUUCACACUAGACCGGCAAAUCCAAUGACUGAGUGGAUAAUAUUUGUUCAACUCUUUUCAGGGUUCCUUCUGAUUUCAGGUAAAGAUGCCUGUUUAAUUAAGCUGGACCCACCUCGUGUAGUGGUGAAACACGGGGACCCGGUCUUGGUGAACUGCACCACAUCAGCCACUGAUAUAGAGGGAAUCGGAUGGGAGGCAUCACAAGGAAGCACAGGCCUUCAAAACGUGUCCCAUCUGAUGUGGAACGUUAGCAGUCUCACACAUUGGGAAGCGAAACCCAAGUGCUUUUAUACCCUUAAGGAUGAUAGUCAAUGUAGUGUUGAGCUGGGACUUGUCAUCUACCAAUUUCCAGAACACAUUGACAUCAGCCCCCCCCGUUCAUUUGAAGAAAAUCAGAUGCAUCAGCUUUUCUGUGGUGUCCCAAAUAUUUUACCUGUUCAAAAUCUCACCAUAACGUGGUACAAAGGAAACACAAUCGUCCAGACAGAGACUUUUCAGAAUGACGAGAAAAAACCCACAAAUCAGACUUCUUUAUAUAAAUUUAUACCAACGAGAGAGGAUGACCGAACCACUAUCAGAUGUGAAGCAGACAUGGACUUGGGGCCAGAAGGUCCACAAUUUAAUUUAUCUUCAGAGAUAUUAAAUAUCCAGGUUCAGUUUGGACCUGAUAUUGACUGCUUCAAGAUAGAGAUUAAGGAGGGAGAAUCUUUGGAAGGGAAAUGUAAUGUGACCGGAAACCCCAUCCCAAAAGUUACGUGGCUGAAAGAUGGACGAACCAUAAACCUGACUGACCCACUGAGAAGAGAUGACACAGGGAGAUAUAAAGUAAAAGCUGAUCAAAAUACUGAUCGAAAUUCCUCGGUUAAGGAAAUCCAAGUCAAUGUACUUUAUGGACCAGAGUGGAUCUGUCCCGAUGCAUAUAAUAUUUCAGAGUACACUCCACACAGCCUCAAAUGCAGCAGGGGCUUCCCAAAACCUCAAGAGUUCUGGUAUAAAGACGAAGAGGAGUUUACACUUCCAAACCAGCUAACAAGAGGAGAUGCAGGGCAGUACUGGGUCACAGUUUCAAACAGUCUGAAUUCUCUCAACUUUACAAUAAACAUUGAUGUUUAUUACCCACCAUCAGAUAUAGUGGAGCUUGAAGAUUCUGAAGUUCAGGUGGGAGAAGAUUUAGGACUUAAAUGCUCUUCUGUGGGAUACCCACGCCCAACCUACUCCUGGAGUUACCACAAGGCAGGCAACAUUAAAGUAAGAACUGAAGAUGGAGUGUCUGGUCUCAUCAUCCAUAAUGCCACUAGGUUCAACACAGGUUUCUACACCUGCAACGCUUCAAAUGUGAGAGGCAACGUCACAAAAACAGUUCGAGUCACUGUCAAAGGUGAUGUAGAAGAAUGCCCCAUUGAAAUACAACCAGACUCAAUGGUGUUGGAAUACCAAAGCGGAGGGCAUAGUGCAGUUUGCAUGCCCACAACCAGUGAGUCAAAUGUCAAGGAGAUAUACUGGGAGGUCCAUGGGGAUAAAUUUAAUAACAGAAGUUGGAGUCCUGACACACAUGAAAAUUGGGACCCAAGUCCUGUUUGCCACGGAGAGUUUCUGGGGAUAGGAUCGUGUAACAAAACUUUGCCCUACAUUCUCUACAAACCUCCAGAUGAUGUCUCCAUCACCAUCAGUAAUAUGUCCACAAAGGAAGGAAGUAAAAUAGAGCUAAUGUGUAGCAUUAGGAAUGUGGCUCCUGCAGACCGGCUCAACGUUACAUGGACUUGGCAAAGAGGGAAUGAGACUGUUGACCCUGAUUCUUUGGGAGUGAGCAAUGAGGCCAAGUGCCCCCCCUCCAACAAGACAUCUGCUGUAGAUGUGACUUGCACCAUGAACAUCACUCUGAAUAGGACUCACAAUGGAAUCCAGGCCAGAUGUGAAGCUGAACUUAACCUGGGACCUAAAGGACCACAACCUCCUCCAACCAUGUCAUCCAAUUCUUUCAAUCUCAGCGUUCAAUAUGGACCCAAGAUUAACAAAACAAAGCUUCAAAAGUUGUUUCUAGUAAUCAGAGGUUAUAAAGGGGAGCUUGUUUGUGAAGCUGAUGGCAACCCGGCCCCAGAUAUCAAAUGGAAUUACACCUCAAAAACAGCUUUUCUUGAGUCAGAUGAAACACUAAUUGUGAACGAGGAGGGCCUCUACGUCUGCACCGCUACAAACAACAUCAGCUCGGACACACAUCGGGUUGAAGUCGUUCUAGGAGAGGACUACCUGCCCCUUCUAGCUGGAUUUGUGGCUCUCACAGUUGUUAUCAUCUCCAUCAUCUUCAUCUUCAUCUACUCAAUCUACUACAAGAACACCAAGAUGCGUCGCUACAGUCUUAAAAACCCAAAGCUCAGCAGUCACAAUGGGAAUGUAGCUCACAACAGCUGGGACAUCCAGUUGCCAGUAACCAAGCUGUCUUAAUAGAACUGCUGUUAAUGAAGGAUAUCUGUUUAUUUCAGAGCUCCAUCUCUACAGUGCUGUUAGGUCUAAAAUGCAGACAGGAGAUUCACACUGGACAGACUGGAAGUAGCUUCAUAUUAUUCUUAAAUAUGCUUUUUUUUUAUCUUUCUUCUAAAGGUUUUAUGCCUUUAAAUUAUGGAAAAAUUCUCAAGUUGUUAUCAUCUGUUUUAAUGGAUAAGAAAAAUGAAGAAAUGAGGUCAUAAAAUUUGCCUUAGAAACAGAUUUUGUACUUUUAAUAAGAAGGGCAUAUAAUGUGUUUGCUUUGGUUUUGUAUAACAUUCAAGUCUUAUUUAUAUCAAUGUGUCCCCAUUAGAUUCUGUUUGUGUUUUUUUUUUUUUUUCUUCAGUUUCAUUUAGAAAAAGAAGAAAAAAAGGCAUAGCUUUAGCUGUUAAGAAAAACCUGAAACUGAUCUGGUUAAACAUGAUAAAUGAAUGAAAAUCUGGAAGCUGUUUUAUUUUGCAUUCAUUUGCCUCUCCUCUAACUGUGCCUGCCCUUUUUUACUGGUGCCAAAUUGUGCCAGGCUCCUCCAGCCCGGUGGAUGAAAUUCUCAAUGCUUUUUCUAUGCCUGACUGUUGCCAUUUCUAGCCUUUAAAUGUAUAUUCAAGAAAAUAUUUGAUAUAAAUGAGAAGUUUAUAUUUAUUAAUGAUGAACAGUUGAAAGUUUGCUUUAAAAAGCGACUGCAUUUGUAAAGCUAGCUAAUUUUUUGAAACCAAAGCAGUCCAGACUGUGAUAUUUGAAAGAACACACUGUACACAUUUGUGAAUACUGCUGUAAAUAUUUGUUAUUUUUUAAAAGAAGUUUUUUUUUAAC